UUUAUUCCGUUUUUGGUUUUAAGUACAUUUUAUAUUGUCUGGUUUGUCGAGUAAGAAUUAUGAGGUUAAAAAAUGUAGAUCCGUAACAACCCGGGAGUGCUAUGGGUAACGUCCUUCGUUUUAGCGGGUCUCAAGACUAUAUCAUAUUAACCGUCCCAUAUUUCAUAGUUAAUGUUUUCACACAAAAAAUCUUGUCCAAGUGAUUUUGUUCUAAUCGAUUGAGACAGUUCGGUUCCAUAUCUAAAAAGGAUUAUUCACGCGGGAUUAGGAGAGUGAAGGUUGAUGACUUUAUAUUGUCUCUUGGUUUCCUAAGUUUUCACUUUUAAUAUCAAACAUGGUCACAGGUGCCAUGGUUAUGUACUGCUUUUUAUCGACGUACAACGGGUUAGCCAGAGGUUAUUCUUUGACUACACAAGUCGACAACUGGUACUUCGCCUUCCUUGGGAUUCGCUACGGCAAGACUUCUAGAGGAGAUUUACGUUUCAGCAAACCUGAAAAUGUCACGAGAAUCGAAACCUUAAUGAGUCGUCAAGAAUGCCUCGAGAUGGAUCCGAAAGACGGCAGUUUCAUUGGUCAAGAAGACUGCCUUUUUUUAAAUGUCUACACAACUCGGGUAUAUGUGAACCAGAGCAUGCCGGUCCUGAUAUGGAUUCACGGGCAGUCGUUGCCGCUCGAGAGCAACAAAGGUUCGAUCUAUUCGCCCGACAAACUCAUGAACCACGGCGUGGUCGUCGUGACUAUGAGCUACCGCGUCGGCCCGCUCGGUUUCGCAAGUUUUGAAAAUUCGACAAUGCCAGGAAACUAUGGCUUCAUGGAUCAACAAUUGGCAAUAGAGUGGGUGGUUAGGAAUAUACACUUAUUUGGAGGUGAUCGAAAGAGGAUUACACUCGCUGGUGAAGGUGAAGGAGCUGCUUUUGUGCUACACCACUUAAACGGUCCCAUGAAGGACCAGAUUAAGAAAGGUAUAGUCAUCAGUGGAUCAAGAAUAGCUCCAUGGGCCAUGUCGAGGGAGUCCUGGGUGCAUAAUCGAACCCUGGAUCUUUUUAAAGCUGUCAACUGCUCCAGUCUAGACUGCUUGCGAAACGUUGAUGCAAGAAAACUUUUACAAGCUGCGUACGCCAACCAGAACAAAAUGCCAUGGUGGUGGGGCAAAAUAGCCACCCAGUUCAGGCCUGUAGUGGACGAUAUCAAUAUAAAAGAUAACUGGUUUGAUGAAGAACGUCAAGCGAACUUUUCCCUCCUCGUGGGUUUAAGGAGUGACGAAGGGGAAGUCAUGAAAGAAGUCGCUGCUAAGUAUAACAUGUCUGAAGAAGACACCUCAAGGCUGUUCUGCACUUACAAUGACGGCGGAGGGAGGAGGCAAGGUGGCCCUAGCCUCCCCUGCGUCUACGGCAGUACGAAUCAGAUCGGAUCGAUGUACAAGUCCAACGAUGAGCCGGUGAAAAGUGCCAGGAAGUAUAUCGCUGAUAGUUGGUACUACUACCCGGCCAUGUAUGAAGCGAGAAUUCACGUCGGCCCUUUGAACGCGUUCAUGUACAACUACACGACCGGUCCGUUGGAGUGUACGAUGCAAUACAAAGUUCCGUUCAUGCUUAUAGUCGAUAACUGCCCCCUGUAUGAAAACAGUUACGAAUCGACUGCGUCCAAAUUUACACAAGUCGUCGCAAGAUUCGUCCAUGGAAGGGACCUCAAGGUGCAAUCGUAUUUUAUUGACCAGGAGCUGUUUGACAUCACUCAGGCCAUCCUCGAACCCGAAGCGUACUCGGAAAUCGACUCAGACCUUGCAAACAGAAUGAAGACUAUGAAGUCUUUACUGAUUGAUUAUUACUGACAAAAGCUGCGAAAUAAAUCUUUCUGGGACUCACGUAAAAACUA